AGGUAACUGAACUCUUCACUGUACUCCCUCCUCCAAAUAUGAACCAAUUAUGUUUGUGACAGUCGGGUUCCCAUUUUACGUACACAAAAGCGUUUGCUAACUUUGACACACUCCCCUACUGCUCUGCUUGCGCGUCCUUUGACCUGUGCUCAGCUGACACAACGCGGUUUAUUAUGCUUUGGGGAGCAAGAGUAGGCCUGUGUGGACUUCACCAAAGACUCGCUUCAGGAUCCAAGUAUUUACCGCCGAUUGUUUAUCAUCAUCGCAACAUGUCUUCGACCGGAUCAACACAGUUGAAACGCCCGAUUUCGCUACUGGGAUCGAUGGCGUUUGGGGGGCGUGCUGACGCUGAGACAAGCACAAACAUGGUGAAAGCCUACUUGGAGCGCGGCCACAAUGACUUGGACACUGCCUUCAUGUACACAGACGGACAGGCAGAAACUAUCAUUGGGGGAAUGAAUCUACCCAAAACGGUGAGCAUUGCCACCAAGGCCAACCCCUGGGACGGAAAGACCCUGAAACCAGAGAGUGUGCGUUCCCAGCUAGACACCUCUCUGAAGAGGCUGCGUACACAGUGUGUGGACCUCUUCUACCUCCAUGCUCCAGACCAUCAGAACCCCAUCCAGGACACACUGCAGGCCUGCCAUGAGCUCCACGAAGAGGGGAAAUACAAGGAGCUUGGUUUAUCAAACUAUGCUGCAUGGGAAGUGGCUGAAAUCUUUACCAUCUGCCGACACAACAACUGGAUCCUUCCCACUGUUUAUCAGGGAAUGUACAAUGCCACCACACGACAGGUGGAGACAGAGCUGCUACCAUGUCUGAGAUACUACGGCAUCAGAUUCUACGCAUACAACCCUCUAGCAGGGGGCCUUCUCACAGGGAAGUACCAUUAUCAGGACAAAGAAGUUUCUCAGCCUUCAGGACGAUUCUUUGGUAACAACUGGGCUGGUGCUUACAGAGACAGGUACUGGAAGGAGAGCCACUUCCAGGCGAUAGACCUUGUUCAGAAGGCCAUGGAGACAGCAUAUGGCUCAGACAAACCCCCCAUGACAUCUGCUGCUCUACGCUGGAUGUACCACCACUCCCACCUCAAGGGUGAUUUGGGAGAUGGUGUCAUCAUUGGGAUGUCCAGCAUGGAGCAGCUAGAGCAAAACCUGUCUGCAUCUGAGGAGGGGCCUCUGGAUGAGCGUGUGGUGGAGGCCUUCAAACAUGCCUGGGACCUGGUGGCCCAUGAGUGCCCCAAUUACUUCCGCUAGAUGGCUCCUCAACAACCCUUGCUAGACUAUAUCCACUAACUCUUGCCAUUUUACCAAAUGUACCUUAUACAAUUUGCUAAUUAACUAACAUGUACAGUGAGAUGUAGGUUUUACAAAUAAGUCAGUUCGGUUAUCAGAUCGAUGCUUUAGCGAAAUUUUCAUUAAAAAAAAAGGGUGCCGAUUAUGAUUUUGGUCCUGUAUAUUAUAAUGGUGAACACUUCAUGUAAAUUCAAUUAAUUGAGUGGGGAGGUGUUUUCAGGAAACUUUUUCUGGAGGCUGUCUUGACUUUAAUAAACUGGGGAACAAUG